AUGAUUCGGGACAUGCAGUAGAGAGACACUUUCAGUAUGGAAGAGCAGACAACCACUCUGAUUCACAUUUAUCAGAAUAGCACUGAGCACCUCAACACUUCAUUUGACUACAACUCGACAGGUCUGAACGAGAAUACAGACACCUAUGAGUUUUAUGUCAUUGGCCUUUUCCUCUCUUGCCUAUACACAGUGUUACUCUUCCCCAUUGGCAUUAUUGGGAACAUCCUCAUACUGGUGGUAAAUUUGAACCACAGAGAGAAAAUGACCAUCCCUGACCUUUAUUUCAUCAACCUGGCAGUGGCUGAUCUCAUUUUAGUGGCUGAUUCACUUAUUGAGGUCUUUAACCUGAAUGAGAAGUACUAUGACUACGCUGUUCUCUGCACCUUCAUGUCCCUUUUCCUGCAAGUCAACAUGUACAGCAGCAUCUUCUUCCUGACAUGGAUGAGUUUCGACCGCUACGUGGCUCUAGCCAACUCCAUGAGCAGCAGACCGUUGCGCACCAUGCAGCAUGCUAAGCUCAGCUGCAGCCUCAUAUGGAUGGCGUCCAUCCUGGCCACCCUCUUGCCCUUCACCAUUGUGCAGACACAGCACACGGGCGAGGUCCACUUCUGCUUCGCCAAUGUCUUUGAGAUCCAAUGGUUGGAGGUGACAAUCGGUUUCUUGGUGCCUUUCUCUAUCAUCGGUUUGUGCUACUCCCUUAUUGUACGUAUCCUCAUGCGGGCUCAGAAGCACAGGGGCCUGUGGCCACGUCGACAGAAGGCCCUGCGCAUGAUUGUUGUGGUAGUACUGGUGUUCUUCAUCUGCUGGCUACCUGAGAAUGUCUUCAUUAGCAUCCAGCUGCUCCAGGGCACAGCAGAUCCUUCAAAGCGCAGCAUAACCAUCCUGUGGCAUGACUAUCCUCUGACUGGGCAUAUUGUCAACCUGGCGGCCUUCUCCAACAGCUGCCUGAACCCUAUUAUCUACAGCUUCCUGGGAGAGACCUUCAGAGACAAGCUGAGGCUCUUUGUGAAGCAGAAGGCCAGCUGGUCCGUGGUCUAUCGCUUCUGCCACCACACUCUGGACCUCAACAUCCAAGUUAGGAAUGAGUCUGAAGUGUAG